GGCUAAGCUUUUCUCACCAUUCCAUCCCAACUCCGUCCACUCCCCUUUCUUGAUCACACUCCGUUGCGUUACGUUGCGUUUCUUUCCUUUUGGGUUUCUGGUUUUUUUUGUUUUGCUGACGGAUACUCCGUCGAGCAGCAUUGAGUUUCCAGUUAGAGAGGCUCUUUGAAGCUUGAAAGAAAACAUCCACAAAAAUGCCUCAACGCAGCUUGACCCGUGCUCUCAGUGUUAGGGAGCGCAUUGGUGACUCCCUUUCUUCCCAUCCCAAUGAGCUGGUGGCACUUUUCUCAAGGUUUAUUCACCAGGGCAAGGGUAUGCUGCAACCCCACCAGUUGUUGGCUGAGUAUGGAGCUACCUUUUCUGAAGCUGAUAAGGAAAAACUGAAGGAUGGAGCCUUCGAGGAUGUUAUCAAGGCAGCACAGGAAGCCAUUGUUAUUCCUCCAUGGGUUGCUUUGGCUAUCCGACCUAGGCCUGGAGUCUGGGAAUACGUCCGGGUCAAUAUCAGUGAGCUCGCUGUGGAGGAGUUGACUAUUCCAGAAUAUUUGCAUUUCAAAGAGGAACUUGCUGAUGGAAGCAUUUGUAAUUCUUCUCCUUUCAGCCCACAGAACAACAACUUUGUGCUGGAGUUGGAUUUUGAGCCCUUUAAUGCUUCUUUUCCUCGCCCCUCGCUGUCAAAAUCUAUAGGUAAUGGAGUGCAGUUCCUCAACCGUCACCUCUCUUCAAAGUUGUUCCAAGACAAAGAAAGCUUGUACCCCUUGCUUAAUUUCCUAAGGAAACACAAUUACAAGGGCAUGUCAAUGAUGUUGAAUGAUAGGAUCCAAAGCCUUAGUGCCCUCCGGGCGGCAUUGAGGAAGGCAGAACAACAUCUGCUGAGUAUCCCAUUGGAUACACCGUACUCAGAAUUCCACCACAGAUUUCAAGAGCUUGGCCUUGAAAAGGGUUGGGGUGACAGUGGCCAGCGUGUAUAUGAGACCAUCCACCUGCUACUGGAUCUUCUUGAGGCCCCUGAUCCGACCACCUUGGAGACUUUCCUGGGAACAAUUCCUAUGAUGUUCAAUGUUGUGAUCCUUUCUCCACAUGGGUACUUUGCCCAGGCUAAUGUUUUGGGUUAUCCUGAUACUGGUGGUCAGGUCGUGUAUAUUUUGGAUCAAGUCCGUGCUUUGGAAGAUGAGAUGCUUUUGAGGAUCAAACGUCAAGGACUAGAUAUCACGCCUAGAAUUCUAAUUGUUACCAGGUUGCUCCCUGAUGCAGUCGGCACAACUUGCGGGCAGCGGCUUGAAAAGGUUCUUGGAACUGAGCACACUCAUAUUCUUCGAGUUCCAUUUAGAACAGAAAAUGGAAUUGUCCGCAAAUGGAUCUCCCGUUUCGAAGUAUGGCCAUACCUAGAAACAUAUACCGAGGAUGUUGCAAAUGAGUUGGCUGGAGAACUACAAGCCACCCCUGAUCUAAUCAUUGGUAACUACAGUGAUGGAAAUCUAGUGUCAACUUUGCUUGCGCAUAAAUUGGGAGUAACCCAGUGCACUAUUGCCCAUGCUCUGGAGAAGACAAAAUACCCUAACUCAGAUAUUUACUGGAAGAAAUUUGAGAAUCAGUAUCACUUCUCUUGCCAAUUCACAGCUGAUUUGAUUGCUAUGAAUCAUGCUGAUUUUAUCAUCACUAGCACCUUCCAGGAAAUUUCUGGAAGCAAGGACACCGUGGGGCAGUAUGAGUCUCACACUGCCUUUACUCUUCCUGGACUCUACCGAGUUGUUCAUGGAAUCGAUGUCUUUGAUCCAAAAUUCAAUAUUGUCUCACCUGGUGCUGAUAUGUCCAUUUACUUUCCAUACACUGAAAAGAACAAGCGAUUGACAUCUCUUCACCCAGAGAUCGAAGAGCUAUUGUUCAACCCCGAAGAUAACACAGAGCACAAAGGUGUGCUGAGUGACACCAAGAAGCCCAUUAUCUUCUCCAUGGCAAGGCUGGAUAGGGUGAAGAACUUAACGGGUCUGGUUGAAUUCUAUGGUCGGAAUGAGCGCCUGAAGGAGCUGGCAAACCUUGUGGUGGUUUGUGGAGAUCAUGGAAAAGAGUCGAAGGACCUUGAGGAACAAGCAGAGUUCAAGAAGAUGUAUGACCACAUUGAGAAAUACAAUCUGCACGGACAUUUUCGAUGGAUCUCAGCCCAAAUGAACCGGGUUCGCAAUGGUGAACUCUAUCGUUACAUCGCCGACACCAAAGGAGUCUUCGUUCAACCCGCGUUCUAUGAAGCCUUCGGGCUCACUGUUGUUGAAUCAAUGACCUGUGGGCUGCCAACAUUUGCAACCCUGCACGGAGGACCUGGAGAAAUUAUAGUUGAUGGGGUGUCUGGCUUCCACAUUGAUCCUUACCAGGGCGACAAAGCUGCUGAAAUCAUCGUAAACUUCUUUGAGAAGUGCAAGGAAGACCCAACCCACUGGGAGAAAAUCUCUCUAGGGGGACUACAGAGAAUUGAAGAAAAGUAUACCUGGAAGCUCUACUCUGAGAGGUUGAUGACACUCACUGGAGUCUAUGGAUUCUGGAAGUAUGUCUCCAACCUGGAACGGCGUGAGACUCGUCGUUACCUGGAGAUGUUCUAUGCCCUCAAAUAUCGUCAACUGGCUGAGUCGGUUCCACUGGCAGUUGAGGGAGACGCUGCCGCCAAGUAGACAGAGACUUAGAAGGAACCACAACAACCUGUUUGUUUUCAAGUCUGAGAAUUCAGGAGAGGCUUUUGUCCCAAGUUAUUUUCCAAUUUAUGCCAGACCUAUUUAUCGAAUCCAGAAGUUCUUCCCUUUGAUGUGUGUUUUUCAGUGUGUUUACCAUGUCGGAUUACUCUAAUAAGAUCAGUGGCUUCCUUCUCCUUGAAA